AUGGACAAUGAUAAUAACAGCUCAUUAUACUAUCAAAAUCGCUGUGGUUCUGGCCGACUGAUUUUCCGAACCGAGCAAGGACACGAUUGUCGAGUACGUCGAAACGACAUUUGGGAAUCAAACGAACACGAUUUGAACUGCAGAGAGAACACUGAAAUGCCGAGUCGCUUAGAUACGAAUAUUGAACAUCCUCGCAGUGUCGGUGCUUGUGGUGAUUCAGACCAAGCACCCGAUUUGCGUCCCUCUCUGUCAGAGCCCAACAAAGUGCUGCUCGUGCAUGGUCUGGAUCGCGUUCCCGUUAACUGCGAUCGGGUGUUCAACCUGUUUUGCCUGUAUGGAAACGUGACGACGGUGAAAAUCCUCAAGGACGACAAGGUGCUCGUUGAGCUGGAGGACGUGGAAGCCGCUAGACGGUGCGUGUCUAACUUGCACAUGCUUCAGCUGGACGAUGAGGUCAACAUGAAAGUCAAGUAUUCUAAACAUAAUUUUAUUCAUGAUCAAGUCAAUUUUAACAAAUUAGCUGACGGUACGCCUGCUCAAAAAGUUUACUUGUCGAGCACAUUGAAUAGAUUCGCUCCGAACGUAUCGUGCCCGGACAAACGUCGUAUCGCAGCUCCGUCCAAAAUUUUACAUUUUUUCAACGCGCCAACUGACGUGUGCGGCAUAGCAAUUCACAAAGCAAUAUCAGACGCCCUGUGUCGUACGGACGCAAUACGUUCCAUUACUAUCCUUCCCAAAAAACCGAAAGCCAAGUGUUCAACGGGUUUGAUAGAAUUGAAAAGUAUGGCGCUGGCGGCGAGGACCGUUUUAUUGUCAAAUCAUAUGACAAUUGAGUCGACAGUGUCCAGAUUUCCGUUUUUGACAAAACUGUGUUUUUCAAAAUGGUCUGAAAUCGAACAGAAACCCGGCGACCCGAAGACGUUGCGGUUCUGUUCGGUGCCACGCACACCGUGGCUGCUGCACAAGUCCGAACACGGUGUGCCCACGACGGAGUUUCCGAUUUCUUGUACGACCAUGGUAAACGGCUGCGGCGGCGGCGACUGUAUGUGGACGUUGUGGGUGGUAAACAACAUGCAGAAGCAAUGGCAGCAGCAGCAACAGACGUCGUCGACGGUCUCGAUGACGGACGCCGCGACCGACUGUUCUCGGACUUGUCCGUCAGACACGAUGGUCCGUCGUAACACGAUUGCUGCCAACGACACCGAUUUGUUCAUCGAUCUCAUCGACAUGUUGAGGAACCGCCUGUGCAAUAUCAGGAACGACCGGGGCGACGUGUUGUGCGGUUUAGCGGCGGCGGCGAUGCAAGCCGAACGCGACGACGCGACACCCCCCGCCGACGCCGAUGCCGCGAGUCAAUCGGGCCCGCUGGGUGACGCGUGACCUAUUGUUCAACAUAAUUUUUUUUUUUAGCUACCUUUUAUGUUUUUUCCUUCUGAUAUUUAUCUGGAGAAGGAUUCGA